AUGGCCAGAACGAGAUCCAGGGGCUUAGACUCUCCAAGAACACCAGUCUCUGCCAAAAGCAAGAAGGUAGGAGCCAUAAAAUCGAGCUCUGCUACCUCAUCUCCUACAGCAGAAAAAGUUAAAAAGAUCACAGCAAAAAGAGCCAAGGCACAAGCAACCGAAGAAAAGGUUGAAGAAUCCAAACCUGCAGCCUCUAAGUUGUCUACCAGCACUGUUAGCAGCGAGAUCGUCUCUUCUAAAGUGGCAUCAAAGGCUAUUUCUGAGUUGUCUAAGUUCUUAAAGAGAGAAGAAUCCAAGAGCAAAGACACUAAAUCGACAGGCUUGUUUGACGAAUCUGACGAAGACGAAAAGAAAAACUUGUAUUUACAGAUUCAUACUAAGAAGUUUUUCUCAGAAAAGCCUCAGUUCAAGCCCAAGUUAAUAAAAUUGACCAAAUCCAUCUAUGACCAGACGAGCUUGAAGACUUGUUUGAUUGUCAGAGAUCAAUUGGCCACUACCACAGAACAAAUCGAGGCUCUCGAGAACGCCAGUUUGCCCACUGUUUCACAGAUUCUCCCAUUGAAGUCGUUGAAGGCUGAAUUCAAGAACUUUGAAAAACGUCGUCAAUUUCAUGCUGACUAUGACUUGUUCCUUGUAGACGAUGCCUUGUUGAACUUGAUGCCUACAUUGUUGGGAAAGAUUUUCUACGGAAACGGUAGCAACAAGAUCCCAUUGCCUAUCAGAGUCACCACCUCGAGUAACACCAAGGAAAUCUCCAUUGUCACCAUCAAGAACCAAGUUGAAAAAUGCCUUCAGUCCACAUACUACUUGCCACCUAUGGGUGUCAACGUCUCUAUUAAGAUCGGAUCGGUCAAUUCCACCUUCAGCGAAGAAGAAUUGAGCCAAAACUUGCAAGAUGCCUUGUCUUUGUUUGAAAAGGAUACCUUGAGAAGUGUGAACUUGAAGACGACUGCAUCUCCCUCGUUGCCAUUGUUUUACGCAGAAAAGUUG